AUUUAAAGGUGUUGCAGGGCACUUCCGGAAACAAAAGUCAAAGUUAGCUGAGUUGUCAAGAAAACGAAAUAUUGUAACUUAGGAGAAAGUAAUGGGCUAUUAUGAAAAAAUUGAUAAUUUUGUUCACUUUAAUAGUUUUGUUCUCAUACAAAAUCCAGGGUUUACAUAGAUUUUGGAACGAUAAUACUGUAAACGGAAAGAAAUAUGGUGAGUUUUCAGACGAGGAGAGAUUGGAGAUGUUGGAAGCAACAAAACGUAUGUUUCAGUUCGGAUACGACAAUUAUAUAAAGUAUGCAUUCCCGGACGACGAACUUAAUCCAAUUUACUGCAAGGGCCGGGGACAUGACCACGCCGAUCCGUCAAAUAUCAACAUAAAUGAUGCUCUGGGUGACUAUAUCCUGACACUGGUGGAUUCACUGGACACACUGGCAGUAAUGGGUAACAGCUCAGAGUUUAAGCGUGCUGUUAAGCUGGUAGUGGAGAAUUUAUCCUUUGAGAAAGCCAAUACAAUCCAAGUCUUCGAGGCAACGAUAAGGGUUCUUGGAUCACUAUUGUCUGCCCAUCUCAUCAUUACGGAUCCAGACCAACCAUUCGGAGAUAUGGUCCCUCCUCAAUAUGACAACGAGCUUCUUUCAUUGGCUAGCGACCUUGCCACAAGACUUCUUCCAGCAUUUGAAAACACAGCUACAGGAAUUCCAUUUCCCAGGGUUAACUUGAAGCAUGGUGUGCCAGAAAACAGCGUGAACACAACUUGUACUGCUGGGGCUGGUACUCUGGUACUGGAGUUUGGUGUGUUGUCACGGUUACUUGGAGAUCCGACUUACGAGUCAUUUGCUCGUCGAGCAGUGAAGAGACUUUGGUCCUUUCGUUCUAACAUAACAGGGAUGCUAGGUGAUGUGAUCAAUGUACAGACGGGGGAGUGGGUAGGUGAGAUGAGUGGUCUAGGGGCUGGACUGGAUUCCUUCUUUGAGUAUUUAUUAAAGGCAUUUAUAUUAUUUGGUGAAGAUGAGGACUUGAAAAUGUUUAAUGAAUCGUACGAAACCAUAAAAUUCCACAUGAGAAGAGGGAGACAGAGUUGCAACAAUGGCAAUGGCUAUCCUCCUAUCUAUGUGAACGUCAACAUGAAAACAGGUGUUACCUCCAACAAUUGGAUUGACUCCCUUCAGGCAGCCUGGGCAGGUGUACAGGUACUGAAGGGAGAUAUAGAGGAGGCCAUCUGUUCUCAUGCACUUUUCUACACCAUUUGGCAAAAGUAUGGGUUUUUACCAGAGAGAUUUAACUGGCACCUUAAGGCUCCUGAUGUGCUGUUUUACCCACUGAGGCCAGAGCUAGUGGAGUCCACCUACCUGUUGUACCAGGCCACCAAGAACCCAUUCUAUCUCCAUGUCGGCAGGGACAUCUUCACUAGUAUAGACGAGCAUGCUAAGGCCAAGUGUGGCUAUGGUACAGUGCAUGAUGUCAAUACUAAAUCCUUAGAGGACCGUAUGGAAAGCUUCUUCCUCAGCGAGACUUGUAAAUAUCUAUAUCUGUUGUUUGACAAAGACAAUCACGUUAACAAGGAACAGUCACGGUAUCUGUUCAGCACAGAGGGACAUUUAUUUCCAGUGGACAGAAUGUUUCGUCUUAAGCCAUGGCAGACCAAGGAAUUUAAUACAUAUGCCAAAAAGAAAAAGCGGAAAAUGGCCUCUGUAGUCAAUGUAAGACACAAUUCAACUUAUUCCAACUGUGAUAACAUUCCAGCAGAACGUCGUUACUUCAUGCCCAUACUCAGCCCCUACUUUGAGCAGAUCCAGGAAAGUGUUGGGCUGUGGUGAUCUCUAUUGUAUUGUAUGGUGAUUGGUAAGGCCUUGUAGUCAUGGUGAUGUUUGUACAUCCUUGCAAUUGUGACAAUUGUACAACUUUGUUGUCAUGGGAUGUUUGUACAUCCUUGUUAUUGUGACAAUUGUACAAUUUAGUUGUCAUGGUGAUGUUUGUACAUCCUUGUAAUUGUGACAAUUGUACAACUUUAGUUGUCAUGGUGAUGUGUGUACAUCCUUGUAAUUGUGACAAUUGUACAACUUUGUUGUCAUGGUGAUGUGUGUACAUCCUUGCAAUUGUGACAAUUGUACAACUUUAGUUGUCAUGGUGAUGUUUGUACAUCCUUGUAACUGUGACAAUUGUACAACUUCAUUGUCAUGGUGAUGUUUGUACAUCCUUGUAACUGUGACAAUUGUACAAUUUAGUUGUCAUGGGAUGUUUUUAUUUUUUGUACAUCCUUGUAAUUGUGGCAAUUUUACAGCCUUGCUGUCAUGGUGAUGAUUGUGAUAUAUCUAUUGUUUAGUCAAUGAUGACCUACUAAUUUAAAAACUGCCAUCAUUAUGAUAGUGAUUGUAAACAUCUGGUUUUUUAGGUGAUGGUUGUAUAGUACUGUUCAAUGUUUUGUACUUUGUCCACUGUCAUGAGAUGGUGGGCUAUUUGAAUUGCCUUACGUCCAUAGUACGUCAUAUGAUGUUCAUUGGUACAUUCAUCAUCCGUCUGUUAAUAAUUCUGAUAAUUGCUAUUUCAUGAGACUUUUUGGAAGGAUAUUUCUCAAAUCAUAUGUAUUGGUUCCCUUUGGUCUCUAUUUUUGAUCAUUUAAUUUUGAGUCUGAAAAAGUCUUUUUGUUUGUUUAUCAUUUCUCAGAAAUUACUUGAUGGAUCUUUCUCUAAAAUAAUAUGCAGGUAUCCCCUGGUUCCCAAUGGUGCAUGCUCAAUUUUGAGACUAAUCUCUAAGACAAACAAUUGCCAGCUUGCAUGUAGGAAUGUUUGAUAUUAAGAGAUGAAAUUUGGUGUUUUUCUCAGAAAGUUCUUAGAAGUCAUAUGUAGGUUCCCCUUUUUACCAAAUGGUUAAGAUACAUGUAGAUAGAGAAAAGAAGGGAAAAGAAGAUAAAAGAUUAGUAUCUUACAUAGAACCAAUAAAGAUCAUUCAAUGGUGGGCGCCAAGAUCCCACUGAAUUACGUUUUUGUAAUAUAAUAUCAAGAGCAAUACUAAGAUCUCAAUAUGAUUUUCAAACUGCAAACCUGCAAUUUAACUGAAUUUGUUCUUGUUUUUAAUUGUUCUGUUAUUUAGGUUUAUGUUUUCAAUUAAUUUGUUUUUAUGCAAGACACAUCAUUUGCCAAUAACAAAUCUGAAUGUAUUUCUCAAGCACAUGAAGGACAAUGUUUUACUCAACAGUCUUAUAUUGCAAUCCAGUAGAGGUGCGCAUCUCAAGCUAUGCAAAUUGUCUUAUGUGACUAAGUGUAUAUAUAUGUAAGACUGAGAAUGAGUAGAUGUUAGAGUUUACAAUCUAUUUGGAUUGAAAGAUGGUGAAAAUCAAAAAUUCAUCGUAAGCUGGCCGAGACUCCUCUUGUCGGGUCUGUAGACAGCUAGGUGAAGUUUUUAUAAAACAGUGUUGUGUCAAUACAAAUGAUGAUACAGCUUAGGUUUUUGACAUGUGUGCUCCUUGUGAUAAAACCUAUAAUAGUACUACAGUAACUGUUAACAGUUGCUGACCUUGACUAUGACCUUUGAUUACUUUAAAAAAACUUUAACCUUGGCCACUGUACAACACAGGGCUUCCAUAUUUGAAAUGUGUGUUCCUUGUGACAAGACCUUUCCAUUGGUACUACAUUUGUGGAUGAGUUGACCUUUGACUGACUUUUAAAAACUUUAACCUUGGCCUCUGUAUGUUAACUGUAUGAGAUGAGCUUUCAUACUUGAUAUGUUAUCCUGUUGACAAGACUUUACCAUAGGUACUUCAUUUGUAGACCUGCUGACCUUGACUUUGACCUUUGACCUACUACAAAAUUAUUAAAUCCAAAUUUCAACCCAGUUGGCGAGCCAUGUUGUCUUCUGACAACUUUUGUUUUAGGUAACAUCGUCAGCUGGAUUUGAUAUCUAAAUACUGUAAUGUGAUUCUUCCGCCGCCAAAUCAAAAGUGUUCUAACACACACAUUUAUCAACCAAUGUUUGCAUAUUUUUUUGGGUAACUAUUUUUAUUAGUAAUUAAGUAAAUCUUGUCUGUUAUAUUGUAGUCCUAUGAGGACAUGUAGUUUUUCAAGGAAAAGUUUGUUGAUUGCAUUUGAUAAAACAAGAUUUGACACCUGUUUGGAAAUAAUCAAAAGGUGUUUCGAAUUUACAGUUAUUAACAGUAAAUCCUGCCAAGUGCUGUAUAUUUUGUUAUAUUACAAUGGGUAUUGGCUGACAUUUGACGACUACACUAAAUUGUCACCCCUAUCAAAAUAAGGACAUGUGUAUGUCACCAAAAUACCAGAAAUGAAUUCCAUUAGCAGUUGUAAUAAAUCCAUUCCUAUUGACCCACAAAAAAUGUUUUAUGAUCAAUUAUAUGUUAUUAUUUGACAGUUGGUGACAAAUGGAUUCUGAGUUACCCCCCUUGAAUAAUGGUCUACACACUACAUGUAUUUGUAUACCUUUCCUUAUUUGAUUUUACAGCAUUUUCUUCAUAGUCAAAAAAUACCAUGCCAAUGAAUUAUCCUAAAUGAUUAUGUAUGUUGUAUUUGACAUAUGCACUUGAUAAACAUAUUUUUGUAAACCUCAUACUAAGUGCUCUUUAUAUAUGUUAACACAACACAUCUGUUACCAACCGAGAAUUUUUAAAAACCAUUUUUGUUAUGUUGUCAAAACAAGUUACAUUGGA